UUUUAAGGCUAGACUGUACACUCACCUAAAGUUACGGGACAGUCCUAGCUAACUACGCUGACAUCUGAACAAUGGAACUGACCUAUUAGUACUUCUCUUCACUGCUGGUGUAGUACUUCAUCUGUUUAACUACGGCCAGUGUAGUACUUCAUAUGUUUACUGCUAGUGUAAUAAUUCAUUUGUUUAUUGAUGGUGUAGUACUUGAUCUGUUUGUUGAUGAUAUAGUACUUCAUCAGUUUUUGAUGGUGUAGUAAGUACUUCAUCUGUUUAUUGAAGGUCUAGUACUUCAUCUGUUUUCUGCUAGUGUAAUGCUAUAUCUGUUUAUUAAUGGUGUAGUAAUUCAUCUGUUUACUUAUGGCCAGUGUAGUACGUCAUAUUUUUAUUGCAAGUGUAGUGCUUCAUCUGUUUACUUUUUUGUAAUACUUCAUCUCUUUAAAGCUAGUGUAAUACUUCAUCUGUUUACUUUGAUACUUUAUCUGUUUACUAUGAUGCUUCAUAUGUUUACUGUUAUUGUAAUCCCUCAUCUAUUUAAUGCUAGUGCAAUACUUCAUCUGUUUAAUGGUAUUUAAUUCUUCUUCUGUUUACUCCUAGUGAAAUACUUCAUCUGUUUACCACAAGUUUAUUCUUUAUCUUUUUACUGGUAGUGUAAUAAUUCAUCUGUCGUGUAGUAGGCUUCUUAAUUUGUGUACUUAUUGCUAGUGUAACACUCGCCUGUUUCCUGUUAGUGUAGUACUUAAUCCAUUUAAUGCCAGUGUAGACCUAAAACUUCACUUGUUUACCAUCAUUGUUGUUCUGUUGACCUAAUACUUCAUCUGUUUACUGCUGGUGCAGUAGGCUCCUUCAUCUCUUUCACCCUAAUGCUUCAUCUGUUUAUCACAAUAAUUCACCCGUUUACCACAAUAAUUCACCUGUCUACCAAAAUAAUUUAUGUUUACCACAAUAACUCAUCUGAUUACUGCUGACGUGUUUACUGCUAAUGUAGGCGUAAUAUUUUAUAUGUUUACUGCUGAUGCAGUACUUAAUAAUAUUUCAGACCUUGUAUAUCCAUUGCCGUUUAUCUAUAUUGGUAAUAAAUGUUAAAUUAGUCAGCUUCCAAAUCCAUUAAGUUUCUGUUCAACUACUUACAUUUAUACAGUUUCUUGAUAAAAUAUUACAACAAAAAUCUAUUUGACCAACUAUAUAACCUCAUGAAAAAAAUACCUCACAAUAUUAUGUUACAAUAGUUACCUUACAGUAACUUACGGUUAUCACCUUACAAUAAUUACCUUCAUGUAAAUAACUUGUAGUUUAAAAUCUAGAAGGCUUUGACAUCAACGUCCUAAACAGACAUGCAAAUUUAAGAAUAUGCCUUUAACAAUAAUCAAUUAUGUUAGAUGUAAAUGAGGAGAUAUGUACUACUAAGUGUGCAAUUGCAGAAAAUGUUUAUGUGAAGAUCUAAAUAUCUUGUGUAAAUAAUGUAGAUUUAACAAGAGAUGUUGAGCUGAGAGAAAACGAUGGUCCCGCUAAUGGAGAGACUUCCUUCUGGUUGGCAAGCAAGGGUCUGCUUCUUCAUUUGCCUUCCAUUUCUCUUUACCAUGAAAUUGUUGGGUCGCUUUGAGGUGACGCGCAACAUGGCUCAGGUAUUUAUAAGAAUGAAUGCACAAUUUGAUGAUAACAAUAACACUAGGUCAUUUUAUGGUUUCAUGGAAAGAAUCAACGCUCAGCAGAGUAGUUCUACUACAUUUAAAAGAUUGAGUCUAAUGUAAAUAGAAUAAGACUACUAAAGUAAGGAGUCAAAGUUCAAUAGCAAGACUACUUAAGGAUAGAGUCCAUUUUUAAUACGAUAAGACUACUAAAGGAUUGAGUCCAUAUUCAAUACGGUAAGACUACUAUAUUUUCAUGUUUCAAGACAUUACCAAUGACUAGCUGUUUUCUAACACUUACAUAGGUAUGGAAAUACAAACUUUUCUCAAUGGACUGUUGACGAUAAAUUGCUAGAUUUGAUGAUACAUUGUUGACCUUUGAUGAUAAAUUGUUGGCUUUUGAUGAUAAAUUGUUGACCUUUAAUGAUAAAAUGUUGACCUGUGAAGAUAAAUUGCUGACCUUUGAUGAUAAAUUGUGACCUUUUGAUGAUAAAUUGUUGAACUUUGAUGAUAAAUUGUUGAACUUUGAUGAUAAAUUGUUGACCUUUAAUGAUUAAAUUGUUGACCUGUGAUGAUAAAUUGCUGACCUUUGAUGAUAAAUUGUGACCUUUUGAUGAUAAAUUGUGACCUUUUGAUGAUAAAUUGUUGAAAUUUGAUGAUAAAUCGUCGGCUUCAAUGGUAAAACGUAUGAUCUCCUCUUUUAUGAUUUAGAAAUUCCUCAAAGAACCUCUGACAAACUAUACGACAUGCGAAUGGCAACAUCUGAUCUACAUAGCCAAGGUCAUGAGUAUGGACUACACACGCACUCUAAGUCAAGGUCACAGGUUUAUUGACCUACAAAUGUAUACAUUAGAAGGGUCACAGAGGUCAUUAACAGACUUUGUCGGGGACAAAAACCUGGUCGUCAACUUCGGCAGCAGGAGCUGAGGACCGUUCAUGAGAUCGGUAUGACGACACAGGAUGUCAAAAUGGCGAUGAGUAGAACACGAGGAGUUGAGGGCAGGGGAGGGGGGGCUGAGGUGGGCAUGACAGGGUUGGGUAGACUUAGGUAGGACAUCCUGGGGCGACAUAGGAAGUUAGGAGAGACUGGAGUGAGGGAGACAUAGGUAGAUAGGAGAGACUGGAGUGAGGGAGGCAUAGGUAGAUAGGAGAGAAUGGAGUGAGGGAGACAUAGGUAGGACAUCCUGGGGCGACAUAGGUAGAUAGGAGAGGCUGGAAUGUGGGAGACUUGGGUAGGGCAUCCUGGGGCGACAUAGGAAGUUAGGAGAGACUGGUGAGGGAGAAAUAGGUAGAUAGGAGAGACUGGAGUGAGGGAGAUAUAGGUAGGACAUCCUGGGGCGACAUAGGUAGAUAGGAGAGGCUGGAAUGUGGGAGACUUGGGUAGGGCAUCCUGGGGCGACAUAGGAAGUUAGGAGAGACUGGAGUGAGGGAGACAUAGGUAGAUAGGAGAGACUGGAGUGAGGGAGACAUAGGUAGAUAGGAGAGACUGGAGUGAGGGAGACAUAGGUAGGACAUCCUGGGGCGACAUAGGUAGAUAGGAGAGGCUGGAAUGUGGGAGACUUGGGUAGGGCAUCCUGGGGAGACAGGUAGAUAGGAGAGACUGGAGUGUGGGAGAUAUGGGUAGGAUAUCCUGGGGUGACAUAGGUAGAUAGGAGAGACUGGAGUAAGGGAGACAUAGGUAGGACAUCCUGGUGCGACAUAAGUAGAUAGGAGAGGCUGGAGUGUGGGAGACUUGGGUAGGGCAUCCUUGGGAGACAUAGACAGUUAGGAGAGGCUGGAGUAAGGGAGACAUAGGUAAGACAUUAUGGGGAGACAUAGAUAGUUAGGAGAGACUGGAGUGAAGGAGACUUAGGUAAGACAUCCUGGGGAGACACAUAUAAUUAGGAGAGACUGGAGUAAGGGAGACAUAAGUAAGACAUCCUGGGGAGACUUAGAUAGUUAGAAUAGACUGGAGUAAGGGAGACAUAGGUCAGACAUCCUGGGGAGACAUAUAUAGUUAAGAGAGACUGGAGUAAGGGAGACAUAGGUAAGACAUCCUGGGGAGACAUAGAUAGUUAGGAGAGACUGGAGUAAAGGAGACAUAGGUAAGACAUCUUGGGGCGACAUAGGUAUUUAGAAGAGACUGGAGUGAGGGAGACGGGAAUAGGACAUUUUAGGGUGCGACAGGCAUUUAGGAGAGACUGGAGUGAGAGACAUGUAAGAGAAGGUAUGGUGAAGUAACUAGUAUGAGCUAGUGAGGGAGACUAGGGUAUGGAGACCGACCGAAUUUCGGCUUCGGCUAAGGUUUCAGCACCGAAAGUUGCCUUUUUAACACUUUCGGCCCAGUUUCGGUUUCGGCCGAAACAGGAAAGCUAACUUUCGGUUUAAUUUCGGUUUUGGCAGAAACAAAAGUUAAGUUUAGGUUUAAUUUCAGUUUCUGGCAAAAGUGAUUGAAAGUUUCGGCCAUCUGGCCGAAAGUGAUUGAGGUUUUCGGUCAUCUACCAGAAGUCAGACUGUGUGUCUGCCUCUAGGCCAGCAUUCCGAUAUUCAUUAUUGCUCGACCUCUUGCUGCCAUCGUAUGUUAUAUGACUAAGAGCGAAAACUGCUCACAGCUGCAUGGUGACAUGUUUGUCCUUUAUUUCCAAAAAUAAAUUUCAAUUGGACCUGGACAAAUGUCAACAGUCUUGUUGAAGAAAAACUAAUGGAAUGGUAAUAUUUAUAUCAUUAUUUUUGUUUUAAAUUUUCAAAAAUACAAUUUGGAACCCAAGGUUUAUUUAAUUCGUUGCGUUGUGAUGUUCACUUUGGUUAAUCAUUGAUCAUGCUCAUCAGUGUUGUCAUAGGCAAAUGUUUAUAAUAUUUAAUCAUCCUAGGGAUUGAAAUAUUUCCAUUAUUAUUUUUGUUCUAUAUAAAAAAAAAUAUAAGGCAACGUAUGCUUUUUCGAUUCAUUCAUUUCUUGAAAUUUUUCACUAUCAUGCUCAUAAACAUUGCUAUUGAUGAAAUAACUCGCGUGUGCAUGGAUCAAGGGUUCGUAUACUAAGUUUGUAGUAGAACUACGGCAGCCCUGUUUACUUUCAUGAUUUUGGCCACCAAUUCAGAUGUCUCUUGCGAUUCGCCGAGAGAACCGUCAGAACAACUCAUGUAAGAGACCCGGUUGAAAAGUAUACUUUUCAACCACCACCAAUGGGUGUGAGGGAGGUUGGUCAUCGAACUAAAUAAUGACGUCACCAGUACGGAAAGAGUAAUGUGUUGGUUAGAAGCUAAAUAUUAAUUCAGCGAAAUCUUGCCAGCUAUUAAUGAAAACAUAAUGCAUUAGUAUGACGAUAACUGCGAAACAUUUUGAUGAUUUUUAUAGCCUUAAUAACUGAUAUUUCGGUGACAAUUGGAUUCAUUAGAGGCACAAUAAAUAUUUUAGAUAUAUGUCUAAGUAGCGUUGCAAUUAUUUUAUAAAAGCAAAUGGCAAUCCAGGGUCUAUUUUGCAUGCAUUUUUAAUUUAAAUGGUACAGCCACAGUAUUCAUUCGAUGUUUAUACAUCAAUAUUCACGAUUAUCUCAUUUUUUUAAUAAUAGAAAGUGAAUAUUGAUUCUUUAUAAUUUUUCGAUUUAUGCAGAAUGUAUGCGUGAACGAAUUUCAAACUAUCUCAUUACUUUGGUUGUGGCUUCGGUUUCGGCCGAAAUUAGAAAAUCACUUUCGGUCGGUCUCGACUACGGUAUGAGAGAUUUGGAAAGGAGGGAAGGGGUUGUGAAGAUUUAGGUGAGGGAGACUAGGCUAGGAGACCUUUGGUAGAAGAGCCUGGUUUGGGGAGAUUUAGGUGGUGGAGACUAGGGUAGGAGACCUUUGGUAGAAGAGCCUGGUUUGGGGAGAUUUAGGUGGGGGAUACUAGGGUAGGAGAUCUUUGGUAGAAGAGCCUGGUUGGGGAGAUGUAGGUGGGGGAGACUAGGGUAGGAUACCUUUGGUAGAAGAGCCUGGUUUGGGGAGAUUUAGGUGGGGGAGACUAGGGUAGGAGACCUUUGGUAGAAGAGCCUGGUUUGGGGAGAUUUAGGUGGGGGAGACUAGGGUAGGAGACCUUUGGUAGAAGAGCCUGGUUUGGGGAGAUUUAGGUGAGGGAGACUAGUGUAGGAUAAGUAUGCAUGCAAUAUGCCAUAUUUUAAAAAAAAAAUGUCAUUUAGCAUUUAAAUGCUUGAAAACAAGUUAGGGGAAGCAAAGAAAACUUCGGUGGACUUAAGGACAUUUGUACUUUAAGCUUACGGUAAUCAUUUUAUUAUAAUGUUAAACAAGACUUAUCGAAGGGGGGCGGUGUGUACCAUUAAACUGAAUGCUCACCUGUAUGCAAUGAUUACAGGUGAACAAGUAUAACGAGUUGGUCAUAAAGUACGGCAACUCUGUCAACUUUCUCACCAUCUACAUCCGUGAGGCCCACGCCAGUGACAGUGAAUGGCCGGACACGCGAACUUACAGCAUCAAGGUGAGUGGAAGAGGUUGAGAGGGGGAGAGGGUAGGUAUCUCUGAGCUGACCUCUGAACUCACUGACUCAUAGUAGGGAGGUAAGGAUAAAAAGGUCAUCUCUGAGUUGACCUUUGAACUCAUAGACUCUUAGUAGGGCUCAAGGACAUAAAGUUAUCUCGGAACUGGCCUUUGAACUCAUUGACUCAUAGUGGGGUUCAAGGACGCAAAGGCGCUUGGAAAUCGACGUUUACGAAAAACGCAUUGAGAUUAUACAAUUUCAGGUCAAUGAAAGCAUGGCAUUUCAGUAAUUUAUUUAAGUAGGUUGAUAGCUCAGGUGACAGCUUUAGACAAAAUGUUAUCUUCGACUCUGUAGACAAAUACUUUCCACAACUUGGUAUACAAAUAUCUUCUGCGAAUACGUAGACAAACAUCUUCUACAACUCGGUAUACAAAUACCUUCUACAACAAACUAGACUAAUACCUUAUAACAUUCUGUAGACAAACAAUUUUCUACUACCCUGUGGACAAAAAUCUUGUACAACUCUGUAGACAAACAUCUUCGGUGACUCCAUAGACACAUUUAAUAUCUUCUAACACUCUGAAGACAAAUAUCUUCGGUGGCUCCAGAGACACAUUUAAUAUCUUCUAAGACUCUGAAGACAAAUAUCUUCGGUGACUCCAGAGACACAUUUAAUAUCUUCUAAGACUCUGAAGACAAAUAUCUUCGGUGGCUCCAGAGACACAUUUAACAUCUUCUAAGACUCUGAAGACAAAUAUCUUCGGUGGCUCCAGAGACACAUUUAAUAUCUUCUAAGACUCUGAAGACAAAUAUAUUCGUUGACUCAAUAGACACAUUUAAUAUCCUCUAAGACUCUGAAGAGAAACAUCUUGCACAACGUCGCACCGUCUCUGUGUUAGUAAACUUAAUCUUACUAUUUCAUAACAUAGAUCUAUAUCUUUAUUCAAAAGAAAUAAUCCUCACUUACAUCAUUUCUGUGACAUAAAGCAAUAGCCUACUUAGUGGUUUAUACCACUAAUAAAUCUGACAUAAUUAUAGUCAGUUAGAACCAAAUUUAUUAGUCCUGACAUAGAUAUAGCCGUAGGUAUCUGCUUUAACCAAUGCCAUCAUACUAUUGACAGAACCAUAGGACACUCACAGAUCGCCUAGAAGCAGCCGCUGGGUUACAAGAGUUCGGUGUAGCUGGACGACUGAUGGUGGACAGCAUGGACGACCUCAGCCUCCUCCACUACGGCGCCUUACCUGAACGUCUUUGUGUUAUAGGGACAAAUGGGGUUGUCUUGUACCUGGGGGAAAUGGGGCCGUGGGGGUACUCACUUAAUGACCUUGAGCACUGUUUAGAAAAUCUUAUUGAAUAAUAACAGUUUAAUUUAUGUAUUUAUUGAUUUAUGUAUUUAUUGAUUUAUGUAUUUAUGAUCUAUGUAUUUAUUGAUUUAUGUAUUUAUUGAUUUAUGUAUUUAAUAUUUAUUGUGUUUUAUUAUGUAUUAUUAAUUAUUUAUUUUCAGCAUUACUUUAUAUUAUUAUGUAUUUUCUGCCCGGGGGGGGGGAGUAGGGUGGUGGAGUCGGAAAUUUAACAAUACUAUAGGGUCUGAGACAACUGGUCUACAGUAAUUACCUGCCAUAGUCAACAUAAAUUUGGACUCUCACACUUUCACACUUUGGUCUUCUAGGCCAUUUAACCCCGACCCAAACAACUUACAUACAGAAAUCUAGCAAAGCAGAAAAAAGGGAGGUUUAAAAAUUCACAACUAAAGAAUUCCCAAAUAAAAAUGGCCGAAUGGCUUACGAGUAGCACUUUGAUUUCAUUUAGGUCGAAAAGUCCCGCACCUGCACUUAUUGCUUUCUGGAAAGCUACAAACAAUUUUUUUUCGACCAAAGGUAAGCUAAUCCACAGAGUGGUUGGCCAAAGUUAAGCUAAUCCACAGAGUUGUUAGCCAAAGUUAAGCUAAUCCACAGAGUGAUUGACCAAAGUUAAGCUAAUCCAGAGAGUGAUUGACCAAAGUUAAGCUAAUCCACAGAGUGAUUGACCAAAGUUAAGCUAAUCCACAGAGUGAUUGACCAAAGUUAAGCUAAUCCACAGAGUGGUUGGCCAAAGUUAAGCUAAUCCACAGAGUGGUUGGCCAAAGUUAAGCUAAUCCACAGAGUGGUUGACCAAAGUUAAGCUAAUCCACAGAGUGAUUGACCAAAGUUAAGCUAAUCCAC